UUUACAAUGGUUUACUACUACCAAUAAAAAAACCCCGUUAAAAACAUUUUGUGCUCAGCCAGGAAAUAGUUUCUGGUAGUUGAGUUACUACUAUAAGUUGCGAGCAUCAAGCUAUCAAUGCUACAGCUAUAGACAUACGUAGACGCCGACUUAGUGAGCGAGUCGGCCAGUUCCUAUGAUACGUCACGUCUGCCAGUCAGACUCGUAAUGCACGCAGAAGCAAAAAGUAUUGUAAAGACGCUGACGCUGACGUGUUUCAGUGUGUUUACCACUCACGUCUGCCUGAACAAUGUCGGGAGGAUAAAUACGGGAAGUAAAAAAAAAAGUAUCCAACGUGGUGCAUGUGUUAUCAGACAGAAUGGAUCACGACAUUCCUGAUUAUAUGACCUGCCAAAAUCCUCUGGUCUGUAAUGCUCUUUCUUUCUAACAGCGAUUUCUUAUUAGCUCUCGCAUUAAAUAAAACUAUACAGAAUGAAAAAUGUUAGCUAUACUAAGAAAAUAAAAAUCAGAGUAGUUACUUCUGGCCAAUAUAAUUACAUGGGAAAUAUUUAUUGGCUCAGAAGCUGUCGUUUGGCCACAAAGUCAAGAAAUUCUGUUCAUAAAAUUGUGUUCUUUCUUUCUUACCUGUGAAAGGUAAUGCUAAUGGAGCCAGCUUGUACUAUAAAAUGAGUGAAAAAACUCCACACAAGUUCCCCACUGACAUUUGCUAUUUUUACUAAUUCUUUUCUAAACAUUUUCUAUGAAACGGCAACACUUUGUUAGAGGUUCCGUUUCCCCUAGGAAAGGGCAUGAACUUGUGACAAUUUAAUCUGUUACUCUUUUUGCUUUAUUAUGUUUUCCAUGAAAUGUUUAAUUUAUUUAAAUUCUUAUGUGUUUAGCUUUGUCAUUUUCUUUUAUGUUUUCUUUUAUCUUAUCGCUGAUGUUUAGCACUUUAUUUCAGCUCUGGCUGCUGUUAAAGUGCUUUAUAAAUAAAGUCGAUAAUGAUCAUGAACAAAAACAGGUUAGUCGGUCCAGUAGCUGAGAAGUUUGAAUGCUGAACAUACAGCCACAGUCUGUUUCCCCUGACCUACACACUGGAAGUGGGGAUCUAUUAACACUAAGUAAUAGGAAGUGAUACUUGGCAUAACAUGACUGGCUUGUUUUUUUUCCUAGGGUCAGUUGAGAAUGAAAAGACAGGGAGGCAGGAUAGACAGCUUCUUUAUAAAAAGAAGCAAAUCAGGCACAGAUCAAACAGGGUUCAGCUCUGACAUCAGCAGUCCUGGUAGCUCAUGUCCUGAGAACAGUCACGAGAAAGAAAGUCUGGCAAACACCAAUCCACCAUCACCAGUUCCAUCAAAGGAGGAGUCUGAAAACACAGAAAGCUCUGCGCCUGACCAGGAUGAUGAUGAGCCAGAAGGGGCAAUUGCAGGAGAUACCACUGAUCUCUUCUCAGCAGUGUCCAGCACUCCUUUUGCUUUUCCAAAAGGACCCAGUGAUAUUUCAAAGUCAAAAGAACAGGGCCCUGUUCAGCCAAGUUUGACAAACUUCCCCAGAACUCAGCAUGGAACAAGAAAGAGAACUUUUCACAGCUCCUGGUACAAAGACUAUUCUUGGUUAGAAUAUUCUGUUAUUAAAGACUCCUCCUACUGCUUUGCCUGUAGGCAUUUUUCUUUGCCUAAUGCACCAGAUAGUGUCUUUGCUUCGCAUUCCGGCUUCAGUAAUUGGAAAAAGGCAUUGUCCAAGGAGUCUGGAUUUAAGCUUCACUCAAAGUUAGAGCACCAUGUAAAUGCAAUGUAUGCAUGGAGUCAAUAUAAAAGGGCUAAUGAGGGGUACUUGUACCAAUGAUAGUUUAGGAGUCAGUACAUUUGGUCAUAGCUGCAUUAAGUUCGAAAAUAAAAUGCACAUGUAGCAUCUAUUAAAUAACAGUUUCCAUAACAUACAACCUUCUUUUUUGAGAUAUUGUAAUUGUGAACUGUGUGACACUGCAUUCUCAUUGUAAGUCUUGUCUUGUUACAAUGGUGUCAUUUAGAGGUUAAUGUCCACUUAUGCUUUGUGUGGCAUGCAUUGAUAAUAAACUGCAAAUUACAUGAGCAAA